CACCGGAUGGUAGAAGUUUUGUUUAGUGAGUUUUUUUCCCUUUCAAUUCGAUUGAGUCUGGAUUUUUCUGCACUGCCAGCAACGAGGAGUCUUUCGUGCAGCUGUGAUUUUUGUUCUCCUAUCAUUUCCAAAUUGCCUUGCUAUCCUAAUUAUUUAGAGAAAUAAAAGUCAGAAGUUGUUUCAGGGGUGGAACUCAACACUGAAAAGUAACCCGAGCUCUUCGCUACUUUGUAGUCGGAAGACGAUCCUAGCCCAGCGGAGCCAUGGGGAACCGGGGCAUGGAGGAUUUGAUUCCCCUCGUCAAUAAACUGCAGGACGCCUUCAGUUCCAUUGGACAGAGCUGUAAUUUGGACCUUCCGCAGAUUGCAGUGGUCGGCGGACAGAGCGCUGGAAAAAGCUCUGUUCUGGAAAAUUUCGUCGGCAGGGACUUCCUUCCUCGAGGGUCAGGCAUUGUCACUCGUAGACCUCUCAUCCUUCAGCUGGUCAACAACAAAGCGGAAUAUGCGGAGUUCCUGCACUGUAAGGGGCGGAAGUUUGUGGAUUUCGACGAGGUGCGGGCGGAAAUCGAGGCGGAGACGGACAGAAUCACCGGAAGCAAUAAGGGCAUCUCGCCCGUCCCCAUCAACCUGAGAGUGUACUCUCCAAACGUGCUGAACCUGACCCUGAUCGACCUCCCGGGCAUGACAAAGGUGGCGGUGGGUGACCAGCCGGUGGACAUCGAGCACCAGAUCAGAGACAUGCUGCUGCAGUUCAUCACCAAGGAGAGCUGCCUCAUCCUGGCCGUCACGCCCGCCAACAGUGACCUGGCCAACUCCGACGCCCUCAAGAUCUCCAAGGAGGUGGACCCCCAGGGGCUGCGCACCAUCGGCGUGAUCACCAAGCUGGACCUGAUGGACGAGGGGACGGACGCCAGAGACAUUCUGGAGAACAAACUGCUGCCGCUGCGCAGAGGCUAUAUCGGGGUGGUGAACCGCAGUCAGAAGGACAUUGACGGGAAGAAGGACAUCCGCGCGGCGCUGGCUGCGGAGAGGAAAUUCUUCCUCUCUCACCCCGGAUACAGACACCUGGCCGAGCGCAUGGGCACGCCCCACCUGCAGAAAACCCUCAACCAGCAACUGACCAAUCACAUCCGGGACACGUUGCCGGGGCUUCGCAGUAAGCUGCAGAGCCAGCUGCUCUCUCUGGAGAAGGAGGUGGAGGAGUUCAAGAACUUCCGGCCCGACGACCCCACACGCAAGACCAAGGCCCUUCUGCAGAUGGUGCAGCAGUUCGGGGUUGACUUUGAGAAGCGAAUCGAAGGGUCGGGAGAUCAGGUGGACACCGUGGAGCUUUCGGGCGGAGCCAGGAUCAACCGCAUCUUCCAUGAGCGCUUCCCCUUUGAGCUCGUCAAGAUUGUGUUUGAUGAGAAGGAGCUGAGGCGUGAGAUCAGCCACGCCAUCAAGAACGUCCACGGCGUGAGAACGGGGCUGUUCACGCCCGACCUGGCCUUCGAGGUCAUUGUAAAAAGGCAGAUACUGAAACUCAGAGAGCCCAGUCUGAAAUGCGUGGACCUCGUCGUGUCUGAGCUCAACGCCCUCGUCCGGAAAUGCUCCGACAAGCUGGGAUCCUACCCCAGACUGAGAGAGGAGACUGAGAGGAUCGUCACCACCUAUGUCCGAGAGAGAGAGGGCAAGACCAAGGAUCAGGUUCUAUUGCUGAUCGACAUUGAGCUGUCCUACAUCAACACCAACCACGAGGAUUUCAUUGGCUUCGCCAAUGCACAACAGAGAAAUACACAUGUCAACAAGAAGAGGGCCAUCCCCAACCAGGGUGAAAUUUUGGUGAUCCGUAAGGGCUGGUUGACCAUAAACAUCAGCAUCAUGAAGGGGGGGUCCAAAGAGUACUGGUUUAUCCUGACUGCUGAGUCCUUCUCCUGGUACAAGGACGAGGAGGAGAAGGAGAAGAAGUACAUGUUGCCACUGGAUAACCUGAAGCUGAGAGAUGUGGAGAAGGGCUUCAUGUCCACAAAGCACAUCUUUGCCAUCUUCAACACUGAGCAGAGGAAUGUGUAUAAGGACCUGCGUCAGAUAGAGCUGGCCUGCGACUCUCAGGAGGAUGUGGACAGUUGGAAGGCCUCUUUCCUCAGAGCGGGAGUGUACCCAGAAAAGGACCAGGUGGACAACGAAGAGGCGGGUCCAGUGGACACCUUCUCCAUGGACCCUCAGCUGGAGCGGCAGGUGGAGACCAUCCGCAACCUGGUGGACUCCUACAUCGGCAUCGUCAACAAGACCAUCCGCGACCUCAUGCCCAAGACCAUCAUGCACCUGAUGAUCAACAGCGCGAAGGACUUCAUCCACUCGGAGCUGCUGGCGUACCUGUACUCGUCUGGCGAUCAGAACUCCCUGAUGGAGGAGUCGGCCGACCAGGCGCAGCGCAGGGACGAGAUGUUGCGCAUGUACCACGCCCUGAAGGAGGCGCUCCACAUCAUUGGCGACAUCACCACCACCACCGUGUCCUGUCCCGUGCCGCCCCCCGUCAACGACGGCUGGAUACAGAGUGAGCCCAGCCCCACUCCACAGCGCAAACCAGCCUCUGCUGCCGCUCUCCCUCCCAGUCGCCCCCCAGCAGUGAGGGGUCCCACGCCCGGCCCCCCCAUGAACCCCACCCCUGCCUUCGGAGCCCCGCCCAUCCCCUCCCGCCCGGGGCCCCCUGUCAACGCCUUCAGCACCAACGCCCAGGACCCCUUCAGCGCUCCUCCUCAGAUCCCCUCCCGCCCCGCUCGCAUCCCCCCCGGAGUCCCCAGCAGAAGACCCCCUGGCGCCCCCCAUCGUCCCACCAUAAUCCGCCCAGCCGAGCCCUCCUUACUAGACUAGGCCCGGGCCGGACCCACGCUUAGCACUGGGGAGGGGGAGGGGGAGGGGGGCAGAGCACUGAGAGAGGGCCUGUAGGGCAAGAGAGACCCAUGCACAACUACACACAUGCCUGCACACAUACACAUAUACACGCAGAGACACACACGCGUGUAUGCACACACACACACACACACACACACACACACACACACACACGCAUACAUACACACAGAGACACAUGCACACAUUGCUGCAUGCAUGUAAGCACACACACACACGUGCAUACAUGCAUACACACAGAGACACAUGCACGCAUUGCUGCAUGCAUGUAAGCACACACACACACACACACACACACACACACACACACACACACACACAUGCACACAUUGCUGCAUGAAUGUAAGCACACACACAUAUGCACACACUCAUACAAGAACAAAUGUGCACGCAUUGCUGAUUUUGACUUUUAAUCUGGAGGUCCUGUCUGUCACAGAGCCAGGGUUUAUCGGUCUGUUCCCUGAAAGAAACUGAGAUGCACUUAUUUUCUAUCACCCGCAGAACAACACAAGGGCUACAACAACAGUGGUUUUGGGUAGAGUCCCCCCUCUCUGCUUAAAAAAGCCUGGCUCCCGCACUUCUCCGGCCCCCUGGCAUCUAAAAUUCUUCUAAGAAUCAGUUUUUAGCAAAUGUGGAUUGGAGGGUGUUGUUAUGGAUGUUAAAGAGCAUCCUCUUAUGGACUAGAGGCUAUGAGCUACUCAUUGUGCGUCAUUUAUACCUCCGACCACAAGGGUACGCUGGCCACUAAAGUGGGUGAGGGAGCUGGUGCUCGGUGACCCUGGCAGACCAGUUCUCUUUCAGGGACUGUAUGCCUGGGAAGUCUAAUAUAAGCAAAAUCAUAAUUGAUGAUUGGAUUUUUCCCCAUAAGAUUUAGUAUCAUAAUAUUAGUUGCUCUGUGGCUGACUGCCCUCCACAUCCUUCCAUAAAGUUUUUUUUUUUUUUUUUUUUUUUUUUUUUUGCUUGGUUUUCAAACAUUCAAAACAAAAUAGGUUAUUCUUAUGCUUAUUGUUAUUACUAUGGUGAUGAUGUUGAUGAGAUCUUUUUUUUCUUUUUUUUUUUAACAUGUGUUAUUUUAAUUAUCUUGUAUUUACCACUGAAGCAUUUUCUAAUAAUUGCAAAGCAAGGUGAGCAAACUGGAGUUAGGCGCGAGACUCAUCUCUUUGGUCGGAAACUGUCAGUCCCUUCCCACAAAAUCCAUCAUACCCCAUACUUGGUGGACGUACAGCCCAAUCACCGACCCCUAGAGCCUGCAUUACCAGCCAAUCAAAGAGCACAAGAGCGCACACUGCCAUCCAGACAAGAGCUCGUUGCUCAUUGGUUGUGGAAAUGAGUGACAGACCGAACCAGACAGCAGGUUGAUUGCUACAUCGUAAUGGCAUUUUUAAUAGCAUUUUCUUACGCGGUUUUUACAGUAACAGAGGGCUUCGAGCACACACACACACACGCACACACACACGCAUACUCUCUCUCACACACAUACACACACACACACACACACACACAGUGCCUUUAUCUAAAGAAUUGCGCCAACUUUAACAACACGUCACCGUCGCCGCCUGCAAUAGAUGUCAGUGUGUUUAACUGCAGCUAACAGGGAAAUGACUGGUCUGUUCUGGAAGCCCCUCCCACCCCCAGCAGCGUUGAGGGGUGUAAAGUGCAGUAUGCUCUGGUGGAUCUGCACAGUGAACACACAGGGGCGGACUCUGGGGUAGGGGCCAAUAAAUACUCGCACAUCAGAGGCCUUCGUUGCUACACGCCAUCCCACUGGAGUGGAAUAAAUUGCGGUUUGGCUCUCUUCUGCGCUAGAGGGGAGGGGACAGGGGAGUCGUUUUAGGGAGUAGAGCUGUUCCGGGGGCACCCCCCUGCUGGCUAAAGCUAGCAGUGUAGGAGUGGGUGGGUGUGAGACAGGACCAAUACCACUCCCUUUUUAAAAGGAGAUAAAAAAAUAAAAAUAAAAAAAUGGAAUGGAUUAAUUAAUAAAUGAUAAUUAUAUUAAUAAUGGUGAUAAAAAGCAAACGUUGAGGUCAGUUCACCUCCUGCAAGCGGAAAGUGUAAAUCUAGAGGUUUGUGUUGUGAGCCGGGUGUUCUUGCAGCUGUUGAGGCUGUGUACGCCCUUCACUAUCUGGGGCCCGGUCGUGGCCCUCUGACGUGCGUGCCGCUGCCGUGCUGGAGCUGCUCGUUGGCGGCUGCCGCAUUGCACCCUUCCGGGGGCAACACAUCGGGCUGUGCUGUUGUGUACAGAACCCUCCCCCUCCAAAGUUUGAUCUGUAUUUUUUUUUUUUCUUUUGUUUUCUCUUGGAUUGGUGGUUUUUUGAUGAGAGAUUUCUGUUGUGACGGACACCUGGCUUGAAUUCUGAUUGAUUUUGAUUGAUUGUGAUUUUUUUCCGGGUGUUGAGCGUCAGUGGGAACUCGGGUCACCACCCUGCUCAGAGAGGCUGAGUCCUAAUGGAGUAAGUGCAGAGUCAUUACUGAAUCUGAGUAGUAAGUGCAGAGCCAUUGCGGAAUCAGUGAAUCGUCAGUGCAAAGUCAUUGCAGAAUCAGUGAAUCGUCAGUGCAUAGUCAUUGCAGAAUCAGUGAAUCGUCAGUGCAUAGUCAUUGCAGAAUCAGUGAAUCGUCAGUGCUGGAUCAUUACUGAAUCAUUGAGUAGUAAGUGUAGUCAUUGGUGAAUCGGAGCUGCAGUUCAGGAGCAGAACUGCAGGACACAGACUCUCAGAGCAGGGCCUGGCCACAGUGCCCCUGGCUUCAUCCCCCACUGGGCCUGGCUACAGUGAUCACCACCCAUGUGUGUGUGUGUGUGUGUGGAAACAUCCUGUCACACUGGCCCCACCAGCGUGUGUGCACACUGCAAUCUGAUGGCUUCUUGCCUCUAUGGUCACCCAACACACGUCACUGUAGCCACACCCCCCUUCCUCUUCAGGGUUCCUAUGGUAGCCCACCCAUCUCCUCGAACCCUGUACCCCUGUAUUCUGAACCCCUGUGCCUGCCUGCCUUGCGCCCCGCCCUUCCUCGUUGUAUUGUUGAUUGCGGGCGGGGUGGAGGUGGGCAGGUCUGUGUUCUUAUUGGGUGUCUGUAGCCGAAUGGAACUUGAAAAUAAGACCUGAGUGGAGAGAAUAAAAAGGUGAACUGGAAUAAAGGGAGCGGCUCUGGUG